CGACUCUGAUAGGAUAGAAUGGGCGCCAUUUUCGAUCCGGUAUCUAGCUGUAAUAAUACAUCCGUUCUCUAGAGCAAACAAAUCAAAAUAUGUCUUUCCAAGUUGCGUCUUCUUUUUUCUGUCGCACCCUGAUUUAGAGAGAAUUUCCCCAGCUUCGCAAAUAUACAGCAGCCGUGUUUUUGUUCAGGUGGUCGGUUCAGUUACUCUACAUGAAAAUGUCAGUUGACAAAGACGAAACGCUUCAGAGGUUAAAGGCAGCUGUACACUACACUGUGGGUCGUCUGUGUCAGAAGACAGGAGAGGACCACCGGAGAGAGUUCAGUCGACAGGUCAUAGCAGCAAUAGCCGAGACAACAUUCAGACAAUGUGAUAUAUUUGCUAAAGACCUGGAGGCCUUCGCAAGGCAUGCCAAAAGAAGCACCGUGACUACAGAUGAUGUGAAGCUUGUAGCCCGUCGUAGUACUGCACUGUCCAUCUACAUACAAAAUAAAAGCGAAGAACUGAACCAGGAGCAGAAGGAUUUGAAAAAGAAGAAUACUGGGAAGAGGAAGAGCAGAGAAACUGAGGAGGAAAGCAGAGAAUAAGGACAAGACACAGGUGGACCUGCACCGUCUCACUUGUGCCCAACAUUAAAAAAAACAUGAAGGCUGACUAACACAUGACAGUUAGUUAAAUGUCAUCAAAAGAGCCAGAGUAAUUCUUCUCAUGUUAUUAAGUGUUUCAGCUGUCAUUAAAAAAGUCUACAGUAUAUUACAGUAGUUGUAAGUACACUUUCUGCACAUUAAGACCAAAUAACUUUUUUUUUAACUUUUCUGUUCAGGGGCCUGCUAAUGUAAUGUCAGUUUACAGUGCAUUGGGCACUGGUUUGACAGAGGAAAAUGACAAUGUAAGGACUGAUAAACAUUAAAGUUUUUUUAAAAAGCA